CCAUUUAUUCAAAUUUAAAUCAUCCAGACGGCGGGUGGUUUAAACCAAAGCGUAGUUUGAACCAACCUUAGUUUGGUGGUUCAAGACGCGACGGAUCGAGUAAUGCCGCCGAAAUGUCACAAGAGUUCGAGGCACGCCGCUGUACCGAAAACCCGCGGUCGUCCAAAACGGCGAUUCCUGGACAGGAACGCGGCAUACCACCGCAGGAGGCUGUCCGAUUCUCAGUGGCGAGCCGAGAUGUCCAGCAGCUUCAACACGCUGCGCUGCCUGGUGCUGCCUUCUUCGUCGGUGCGUAACCGACGACACCAGUGCAGGCGCGCCGUGCUGCAGGCGGCAGUUCAGAGGCUGCGUUACUUGGAAGGCCUCGUCUCCGAGCUGCUCGCGAACGACGCCGAGCGUCGAGCGAAACCGCGCAACAUUCGGGCAGUGAGGAGCCAGUUCCGUCGUAACCUCGAGACCGGAGUAUCGUCGCUGACGAGGAGAAAGCGAUGUCGCAGCGAACAAAGCUCGCAAGAGCUGCCGCCAUCGCUGGAAAUGCUGGAGGAAUGCGACCAGGAGGAGUUCACGGGUGUGCGCGAAGCCGGAGGCGCUAGCAACCGAGCCGAUGCCGCCGCCAUCAGCGAGCCCUCGAGCCCGACAAUUUGCCAAGUCUGGUGGAGCAACCGCGCCGUGGAGGCCGCCAUCAUGUCCUCCCCGACGGUGAAGAGACUCAUGGAGAGCUUCUACGACGAUGCUCCCCUUCCCACUAACGGCCUCAACUCGGCGCAGAUCGUUCCCGACGAGGUCGUGGUUCUCGAGGCCUGCCCGCCGUCCGAUCCCGAGGACGAACACUUGGUCCCAGUCUCGAUGCUGGGUUCAGAUUUUGACUCCAGUAAUCAUGCCGCCUCCUCCGGGGUGAUCGUAUCGGAAGACCCUUUGCUUAGUUCUGCCAUUGUGCGCAGUGCCAACAGCCCUGAGAAGCUCAAUGAUGUUGCCAAUUGGUCGGCUGAACAAGUGAUCAUAGGUUCUGAAGUAGAAUGGGAUUUUGACGCUCAUUUCUAGGCAGCGUGCGCAAACUUGUAUGACGCAGCCCACUGGUCGGGCAAAGAUGAAUUUCCUUUGUCGUUGUCUACUUCUAGCCCGUGGUAACAGCUUAUAGUUGUGAUAUAAUCCCUGUGAUAUUGUUAGUAGCAGUUACUAUUGCAGCUGUGUAGGUUGUCCUGCUGCUAAAGACCUUGCGAUCCAACUGUGACCUCAAAAACGUUUAUCUAUUCAUUACCACAGUACCUGAGCUUAUUAAAGGCACUUUCUCAUGUCC